AUGCCUCAAAAAGAGGGGGAGACAAAAAGCUAUCAAGUUUUGGUACGUGAUGAACAUUUUUACUGCAGUAUUUGUUUGGAGAUAUAUGACACACCUAGAACAUUACCGUGUUUACAUUCAUUCUGUCAGGAAUGUUUAAAAGGUUAUAUUCUGAAGAUUACACAGGAUUCACAAACUUUGUUAUGUCCAGUUUGUAGAGCUGACACGAAAACAGAUAAAGUCAGGUUUAAAUCGGUUGAAAAGUGGGUGGAGAAUUUUCCGAUUAACUUUACUCUACUUUCGAUUUUAAAAGAAAGAAAGUUGGCGAUGAAUCCAAAAGAAAAUGAUUGUGAGGCGUGCUUAAGGGAGGAUAUCAAGGUUGAAGCUAUUGUUUAUUGUUAUGAUUGUUCUGAAAAACUGUGUGAAGAUUGUAAAAGACAUCAUAGGAAAAAUAAAGUAUUAUCAAAUCAUAAAUUGAUUGAAAUUAAUGAGUCAAAAGCCGUAGAUCUUUCAGAAUUCGAAUAUUUAGCAAAUCUAUCCAAAUGUUCAACUCACAGUACCGAAGAUGUAAAGUAUCUAUGUAAAGAUCAUGAUCAGCUUUGCUGCAAUGAAUGUGCGAUUGUUACACAUAGAAAAUGUGAAGAUAUGGUAUCCCUGAUAGAUGAAAUAAAAGAAAAGGAAGAGUGCAUAGAAACUUGUCUUGAAAAGAGACUUAUUACGAUUGACAGUUACGUUGGAAAGCUGAUUAAGCACGAAACUACAUAUUUAGAAAGCACGAAUAAAAAAGAAAAAGAAGCAAAGGCCUGCUUGACGAAUUUUAAGGAAAAACUUGAUGCCGCCUAUAGCAAACUUGAAACGAGAGUCAUGUUGGGAAUAACAUGGAGGAAACACUCAUUAUCAAAAGCUAGUUCUUUACAGAAAGAAUCUGCCGAAAAACUGAAAGGGGAUAUCAAGUAUUGUGAUGAAAAAAUUAAGAAAGCUAGAACAUAUGGAACAGCGAUACAUGCAUUUCUUCUUGAAAGAGAAAUGGGUAAAAAAGUUAUAGAAUACGAGGAAACAUUCAUAAAUCUAAGACAGCAAUCAAGCAGAGUAUUACCUACUCUUUUAGAAGCUUGUCCACUACAAGAAGUAUUAGGAAAGAUUGAUGGACUUUAUCAGAUCAGAGAAAUGAGAAAAGAGCCUAUUUUGCCUUCGUUUCCACAACGCAAAGCAUUUACGAGUAGGAAACUGAAUUUGGAACGUGAAGUUAAUUUGAAUGAAAGUCAGCCUAGAUACUGUCUUUGGGUUGGCAAUUACAUCGUAGUUUCUUUUGAACGCACUUCUAAACUAGUAGCUUACAAAACAGGCGACGGUUCACCUGUAUCAACAUACCAAUGUCCCUCUCCUACAUCAGUAACAGCAAUUGAGAAUGAUAAGUUUGCUGUUGCCUUGCCAUCAAUAAACAAAAUAAUUAUAAUGCAGAUUCAACAAAAUCAUAUGAUGUAUUUAAGAGAAUUGACAUGUUCAAAACCGGACCUGAUUGCCUAUGACAAAAAGACCAAACGUUUAUUAACACUGUCUACGUCAGAAACCGUCAUAAGAAAAAUAACGAUUGAUGGUAAAGAUGCUGAUUGUAUCGAUUUGAGCAGAAUUGAGAGAAAAUAUAUAGAGAAUACACACAACGUCUAUGUUGAUUCUCAGCUUAGACAUAUCCUUAUUUCAUCACACAGUAUGCAUAUGUUACUUUGCACUGACAUGUCUGGGAAUGUAAUUUUCCAACACAAAAUUGAAUAUCCGUGGUCUGUUAUUACAGACUCACAAGCGAAUGUUUAUGUCGCAAAUUACAGCGAAAAUAGUAUUCAACUACUUAAUCCAAAUGGACAAUCUAUGAAAGCUCACAUUCUAGGGAAACAUAAAGAAUCUUAUCCAUUAGCAAUGUCUUUUAAUAAAGAAAUGACCAAACUGGUUGUAACAUUAGAUAACUUAUCAGGAAAGAUGAGAAUAUUCAAAUUCGAGUAAGAGAGACAACUAUCAUGAAGUAGUACAAAAAUAGUUCUAUGUGGCCAGCUUAGAGAAGAAUUGUUUGAGUGAUGACUGUUCAUACAAAAUAUUUGGCUUUACUCAUAAGCGGACUGUUUAUAUAAGUCAUUUAUUUAAAUGACUUUUCAAAAUAAAAAUAUAUAUCGUAUAAUGCUACUUUUUCUAUAAACAAUACACAUGAUAAAUACAUGGUUCAUUUUUAUAUGCCCGUA